AGAGCCUCCUCACUGAGCUCUGGAAUGGGAAGCAGUUCCUGCAGAACACACACACACCCUGUGCAGAGCCUCAUCCACACUGCUCCCCGGGAUGGAGCCACUGCCAGCCUGAGACCAGGAGACCAGCACCACUGAUCAUGAUCAGCAGAUAGCACCAUACAGGAUGAUCAUGGCUCCCCGGAAAAGGAGUCGUCAUGCAUUGGGGUUCCUGUGCUGUUUCGGGAGCAGCGAACACCCUGAAAUUAAUCUCAAGGACAAUAAUCCGCUCCAGUUCCUGGAGUUUGCAGGGCCCAUUCCUUCCCCGGAGGAGCUGAAUGCCCGGUUCUCUGAGCUGGUGGAUGAAUUGGAUCUCACAGACAAGAAUAGAGAGGCGAUGUUUGCGCUCCCUCCAGAAAAGAAAUGGCAAAUUUACUGCAGCAAGAAAAAGGAACAAGAGGAUCCAAACAAGUUGGCUACCAGCUGGCCGGACUAUUACAUCGACCGAAUCAACUCCAUGGCAGCCAUGCAGACGCUGUACGCCUUCGAUGAGGAAGAUACAGAAACAAGGAAUAAGAUAGUGGAAGACUUGAAGACGGCGCUACGGACUCAGCCAAUGAGGUUUGUGACCAGGUUCAUUGAACUAGACGGCCUCACGUGCCUGCUGAACUUCCUGAAGAGCAUGGAUUUGGAGACGUUGGAGAGCCGCAUACACACAUCCGUUAUAGGAUGUAUAAAGGCGCUGAUGAAUAACUCGCAGGGGCGGGCUCACGUCCUCGCUCACCCCGAGAGCAUCAACAUCAUCUCCCAAAGCUUACGGACUGAGAACAUCAAAACCAAGAUCGCUGUGCUGGAGAUACUGGGGGCCGUCUGCCUGGUACCUGACGGGCAUAAGAAGGUUCUACAGGCCAUGAUGCAUUACCAGGUCUAUGCUGCCGAGCGGACAAGGUUCCAGACGCUGCUGAAUGAACUAGAUAGAAGCAUAGGAAGAUACCGAGAUGAGGUGAAUCUGAAAACUGCAAUCAUGUCCUUUAUCAAUGCUGUGCUGAACGCUGGCGCUGGAGAGGACAACUUAGAAUUUCGGUUACAUAUUCGGUACGAGUUCCUUAUGUUGGGAAUCCAGCCGGUUAUUGACAAGCUGAGACGACAUGAAAAUGCCACCCUGGACAGGCAUCUGGACUUCUUUGAAAUGGUGAGAAAUGAGGACGAGGUGGAGCUGGCUAAGAGGUUUGAUAUGGCUCACAUUGACACCAAAAGUGCCACGCAGAUGUUUGAGAUAAUAAAGAAGAAGCUGAAACACACAGACGGUUACCCCUACCUGCUAUCUAUCCUGCAGCACUGCCUACAGAUGCCGUACAAGCGCAAUGGCAGUAAUCUUCAGCAGUGGCAACUCCUGGACAGGAUAUUACAACAAAUAGUUCUUCAGGAUGAGAAAGGAGAAGACCCCGAUGUGACUGCAUUGGAAAACUUCAACGUGAAGAACAUCAUUAAAAUGUUAGUGAACGAGAACGAGGUGAAGGAAUGGCGAGAACAAGCAGAGAAAUUCAGGAAAGAACACGUGGAGCUGGCCAGCCGGCUGGAGAAGAAGGAGAGAGAAUGUGAUACAAAGACACAGGAGAAGGAAGAAAUGAUGAAGACCUUGAACAAAAUGAAGGACAAGCUGCAGAAAGAGUCCUGUGAGCUGCGCCAGACGAGGGACCAAAUGGGAGAGCUCAUGUCUCAGUUCACUGAUCUCUCGAAUGGUGGAUCUCUUCCCUUUCCUCCUCCCCCGCCUCCAGGGGGCCCCUUUGCUCCUCUCCCUCCUUUGCCGGAGAAUUUACCACCCCCACCACCACCUCUAGCUUUUUCCUGUUUCCCACCGCCUCCUCCUCCGCCGCCACCACCAGGGGGUCCCCCACCCCCUCCCGGAGCUCCUCCUUUCUUCAACAUGGGCAUGCAGGCCCCGCCUCUCCACUCCUUUAACUCUGGAUCCAACUUGAGGAAAAAAUCGAUUCCCCAACCAUCACACCCGCUGAAGUCUUUCAACUGGUCCAAGCUUAACGAGGACAAACUCAAUGGAACAGUCUGGAAUGAAAUUGAUGACAUCAGAGCGUUUAAAAUAUUGGAUCUGGAAGAGUUUGAAAAAAUGUUUUCUGCCUAUCAGAGACACCAGGACCUGCUAACUAAUACCUCUCUGAAACAGAAAGACGUGGACUCCAUGGAAGACCUGUAUCUGUCUACACGUAAAGUGAAAGAGCUGUCCGUGAUUGACGGACGCAGGGCGCAGAACUGCGUUAUCCUGCUGUCCAAACUCAAGUUGUCCAAUGAAGAGAUCAGGAAAGCCAUUAUGGAAAUGGAUGAACAAGAGGACCUCCCGAAAGACAUGCUGGAACAGCUCUUGAAAUUCGUGCCUGAGAAGAGUGACAUUGACCUGCUGGAGGAACACAAGCAUGAGAUUGACCGCAUGGCGCGGGCCGACCGUUUCCUGUAUGAGAUGAGCAGAAUCGAUCAUUACCAGCAGCGGCUGCAGGCUUUGUUCUUCAAGAAGAAGCUUCCGGAGAGAUUAGCGGAGUCGAAACCCAAAGUGGAAGCUCUUCUCCUGGCCUGCAGGGAACUGACACGGAGCAAGCGGCUCACGCAGCUCCUGGAAGUGGUCCUGGCAUUCGGGAACUACAUGAACAAAGGCCAAAGAGGAAAUGCAUUUGGAUUUAAAGUCGCCAGCUUAAAUAAGAUCAUCGAUACUAAAUCCAGUAUAGACCGGAACAUCACCCUCUUGCACUACCUAAUUAUGAUACUGGAGAAGACGUACCCCGACAUCCUGAACAUCCAGAAUGAGUUGCAGCACCUCUCGGAGGCCGCCAAAGUCAACCUAGUGGAGUUGGAAAAAGAAGUGCACAGCAUUAAGAACGGACUGAGAGCUGUGGAGUCUGAGUUGGAGUAUCAGAAGCGCCAGUACAGGGAGUCGGGAGACCGCUUUGUGCCAGUAAUGAGCGACUUCAUAACAGUGGCCAGUUUCAGCUUCUCCGAGCUUGAGGACCUGCUAAGCGAGGCCCAGGAUAAGUUCUCGAAGGCCAUGAAGCAUUUUGGGGAGACUGAGGGCAAAAUGCAGCCGGACGAGUUUUUCGGCAUAUUCGAUACCUUCCUGCAGUCCUUUUCUGAGGCCAGGCAAGAUCUGGAGAACAUGCGGAAGAAGAAAGAGGAAGAGGAGCGCAGAGCUCGGAUGGAGGCUAUGCUUAAAGAACAAAGAGAGAAAGAAAGAAGACUGAAGAAGGCUAAAGCCGGAAGUAUAUCCGAAGAAGAAGGGGAGUUUGAUGACCUGGUGUCCGCAUUAAGAUCCGGAGAAGUGUUUGAUAAGGACUUAUCCAAACUCAAGCGCAACCGCAAGCGCUCGGGGAACCAAAUUUUGGACACUAGCAGAGAGAGAGCAGUUACGAAGUUAAAUUAUUAGAAAUGGAAUGGUGGAGGACAUCAAACCGAGAGCAACCUCUGACUAGAGGUCAACGGGAAGGAUGCAGUCGUUUUACCUUCUGUGUGACUGAGGUUGUUCCCACUGUUGCUUGGAAACCAAGCUUGUCGAAGUGCCUCAUUGGAGCAUCUAUACUCCCGAACAAUGGACGAGGUCUGUUUCUGCGAGCAUCUUGAGAAGAUCUGCAGCGGGUAACAUGGGCGAUUGUCCCGUGCUGUGGUCACGCUUUACAAGUGCCAAACAUUUCCUUUGCACUGUCUAACAUUUCAGAAGUAACAGUAUUUUGUACAGUAUCUGCCAGGGGCCGUGGGCUUUCUGGGCAAAAGCGAAGCGCAGUCCCCAGUGUAAGAAAUGGCAGGCCCAUUUUGUGGUCAAUAAUGGAUGUAAAUAACAGGUUCCUCAUAUCCUAGGACCCAGCUGAGAAUUCAGGUUUGCGAAACCAAAAGGAAAAAAAAAAGUUGGACAUUUAUAAUAAAUAAUUUCUUUUUGUAUAGAAUUCACGCAGUCUUACGAAGAGCGCCAGGGGCAAAUAAUAUACUAUAAAUGGGGUAUUCUCAGAUCUAUGGGAGUCCGAGCCUUGUAUAGGACAUUGCACAAACUUACACACUUUCCAGGACCGGUCCCGAUUUCUGAAACUGAACCACUGUACGACUGCAGCCUCUUCAUGCACUUUUACCGUCUCAUGUGUUGCCAUGGUUAACGUUGGCUUAUAAGAUCCUGUCACAAGGGGGCUGACUUGUUAACAUUCGAGCUGGCCCAACAAAAGCACAAACCUUUGGUAAGCAGUGGGAAAGCCAUGCGUCAUCGGGCUCUGCACGCCUGACUGUGUCGCAGCGAGCACUUAUGAGGUAUUUUGAGCGGACAUGUGGGAGUGCCAAAAGCAACUUCAUCUCCAGCAGAAGCACAUUGGAAUUAAUAUUAUGUCUGAAGUUCAUCCAGCAUCCAUGACUGAUCAUUAUGGAAAAUCGAGAGCAGCUACUGAGCCGAGGAACGGGAAGGCUCUGCUGCAGCACGUAGCAGGGGCUCUCUCACCGCUCUGCAGUUGGAGAGUUGGGUCAGAGCUGGAGGCCGAAGGUUCACAGAAGAAGCAGAGAAACCGACGAACCUUCAUCAUCUAGAUGUUUAUGAUAAAUAAUAACGUCCCGGUUUUGUGGAGUACAGUAGUAACUGGCAACGCUGAGUGGCAAGAGGCACUGCAGUCCUUGCAAGUGCCACCUGAGGGUUUGUGGCAAAUCCGCGCGUAGUCUUGGCUCUACUGAAGCGCCGACCUUUUGGCCUUAAUCUCCAGCUAUAGAACCCUACACCCUCCGCAUAGCUCCCGAUACGCCGUUCCGUCUCGAAUAAAUUACAUUAAGUGACUUUAUGACCAUUAUCCAAUUCUCAACUCGCUUUUCUGGGAAGUCUGCUGCUCCACAGUGAACUGGAGAACUUGCUGUCUGGUUGUUAUAGAACAUGGUACAUUAUGUGGCAAUAAUAGAUAUAUAGGUGACUAUUCAUUGAUGUAAUUUUCCUUUUCAAAUUCCCGUAUAAGAGGAGAGUUUAACACUACAAGAAAACUGGGAGAAAUUAUGAUAAAUGGGAAGAUCAGUGAAUAAUAACAUUAUGUCAUCUGAUUUCUACUUCAAAAGAUAUGCAAUGCAUUAAGCCACACUAAAGUCAAUUAUUUUUGUACAUUUGGUUUCACUAUUCAUUGAUAUUGUCGAUGUUGCUAUGAAAGGUGGGAAAGCAGAAGAUACGACAUUGAUACUAGGCAUCAGCGUACAGUCUCCUGUAUAUAGCGAUGACAGCUAUUGUGUUUGCAGAAUCAGUGUUUAUUAUUGGAUCGAUAAGAUAUCAGAGAGGUAUGAGGCACUGUGAUGGGGGUGAUCAUGGUCCGGAAAUCAGAGAACUUGAAAUUGCUCGGUGAAGCACACGCCUGACUAAGAGGAGAGGUCCACGCUGACAAGCGUGUACAGACGUGUACUGUAUAUGUAACAAGUAUUUUUUGUUGACAGUAGUUGCUCACACUAUGGCCCCCAGAAUAAGACAUGUGAGGCUCAUUUUGCGCAAACAAUGGUUAUAAGUGCCUUGUAUCAAAGGACCCAGAUGGAGUUUAGCACUUUGUGCCUCCAUAAUGUCACUAGCUCCUUGUGAAAUAGGCUUAAAACUCUUAUAUUGGUUCAGCCAACAAAAUGGCCGCCUCCAUGCUAUGUAAUGAGCAUGUACACUUUAUUGUCUGUUGUUUCCUGGGCAACAAACAACAAAUGAAUGCAUGAAGACAUUGGGGACGUUAGGACCCUGUGCACGUAUAUACAUGUAGAAGGUAGCAUGUUUGCAGGUAGGGCUCAGCUUUGACAUUAAACCGUGUGAACAAUCCAUGUUAAUUUAGCCUAGCGGGUCAAUGGGUCAUCCUUCGUUUAGUGAAAGAAGUACAGAGAUGUCCCUUGCAGGGGCACAGGCCAAUGCCUAAUGCAGGGCAUGGAAAUAGGUAUUCUGAGAUUACCCUUCAGAAUGCCUCUUCAGCAAUCAGGACCGUGCUCAGAAAGAUCCCUAGUGGCAGGUACUGUAACACAGUGGCUUUCCGAUAACAAUAUAACAGCACAGUGUCUCAGACAGGCGAGACAAAGUAUCAUGCACUGACACAGUGCCAGGGUGGAGCAAUGUGCUGCAAAGUCUCAGGAUGAACAAGAGAACCGACCACUGGCCGGGAUUUGUGGACCAGUGACUUCUCACGAUGUACUAAGCCUUGGAGAGAGAUAAAGUGACGGAGAUAAAAUACCAGCCAACCAGCUCCUGUGAUUUUUCAAACACAGCCUAUAACAUGGCAGUUAGGAACUGAUUGGCUGGUGCUUUAACUCUCUCCAAUUCUUAGUACAUAGACCCCUAAGUUCCAUGAGUUGCUGAGGAUCAUGAUAUUACUCAUCUGCAGCAGAACGAUGAAGGAAAAGAGUUUUGUUUUGUUGGGGACUCUUGAGACGGUUGUCUUUCUUGUACAUAGAGGUAGACUGAGUAUGUGAGAUGGUUUUUCCAUGUGUGUACGUGAGAUGGGAACAUGCAUUUCCAUAUUGUGCCGCGUUUCGUUGUAAGGUCAGGAUGUAGAUGCUUUGUGUCAGUGAUGAUGACAAUGAUACUGCUGGUCUAGUUUAACGUUUGUCAUCAGGGCUCAGCUGGCGUUGAGGGGAGACCAGUAGAGAAUUUCCUGAUAGCAACCUAUCGGCUCCCAGUUAGCAUCUAUCAAGUGCAUUCUAUAAAAUGAUAGGUAGAGACUGAUUGGUUUGCUAUAGGCAUUUUUUCCACGCGUUUCACUGCUAGACACAUCUACCCCACAAUGCUGCGUUUUGCAUCAUCAUCACAGCAUGUCCCCGCCCACUCUUAGAGCCUGGCAGUUCCUAAGUACCAUCUAUCCCCGCUCGGCUGGGAGUCUUGGAGGUGUCCCAACAAUGUGAGAGUCUCCGGACAUCACAGGAGAGCAGAGAACUCUGCGUAAUUAAACAUCUCUCCCAUGCUCUUUUCCAUUACUGUUACCAGGAGAAUACUUGUAAUGGGUGUGGUACGAGUUGCCGGCGGCCGGGUCCCCAGCUGCCAGCAUACCGGUGCCGGGAUCUCGACCGCCGGCUUGCCGACGGUGGGGCGAGCGCAAAUGGACCCCCAAGAGGGAGAAAAGGUGUCGUAUGCCGGUUGUCGGGAUUCCGGUGACGGUAUACUGUGCCCCAGGAUCCCAACAACCGGUAUACUGAAUACCACCCAUUGUAGUACAUGUAACACACCAAUCACAGUGUCAUAUAUCCCGCUGAUGUCCUUCCCACGGGAGUGUAACACAACCAUCCUCUUCAUAAGUGACAUACAGUAGCUGCUUUUGUCACUCAUCCCACAAUGGAUCACACAAAAUAAUUGUCUACAGAUUGUAAAGUGUUUAAUAACUAAUUCAUGACACACUGUACCUUAUUGGGGAGACUGAAGAGAUUAUUGUCUCUCGUCUUUCAUUGGGACGCUUAGUAGGGAGAUUGCUAGUUCUUCUGCCCAGACAGCUUGUUCCUCUGUUUUCUUCUCUCCCUAUCACAGAUUUCUGGUUACACGUAACAGAUAGGAGCUGGCACAUUGGCAUGUAGGUGAGAAUGUAGAGCCCUUUCUGUCUCCAGAGCUAGCAAUUAGUGCUGGCAGAACCUGUAGUAAUGUAUGUAGCACAUUGCACUGUCCUGUGUGUGCUCCAUAUCUUCCCGUCACCAGGACUCCCAGGGGGCUCCUGUAUGUGCCAGAUACACCGCUAGGAUCUAGUAAUAUUACUAGGAGCACAUAAAACAGCACAGUGACAAUUAGGAGGUCCACCAGGGACCCUGCGGAUACAGCGGGCGGGGCAGCAGGUAAGUAUCCGCUCAUUUUCUGCCGUGACUCUUUGUUCUUCCUCCAGAAUUUUUGCUUUUGGUCCGAGUAAAUCCUAAAUGUUAUGUCACAGCAGAAAAUAAGCAGAACAGUUAUAGAACAGCAAGCUAAGCAUCUAGGUUCAGUGCUACACGUGGGAAAUGCAGCCUCAUCACUAACCUCUAGCAUGGCCAUAUUCUGGAUAACUGCCUAAUAUCUGUUCCAGUGUAUUUGUCAAAUAUAUUGAUUAUUCCUUAUCUCCUUUAAGAGAGAGAGAGAGAGAGAGAGAGAGAGAGAGAGUGUGUGUGUGUGUGUGUGUGUGUGUGUGUGUGUGUGUGUGUGUGCGUGCGCCCAGUUUUGUAGUGGUCUGGGAUAGAAAGGUCUAUAGCCAAUGAAAUGAGAAUUAUUACAGCAGCACAGAGUAUAUCAGGAGAUGGGUGAUGUGUCCGUGAGGACAGGGCAGCAUGUGACAGGGGCAGUGACAUGAUGGUAGGAGGGGAAUUGAGGCAGCAGGAAGCCACUGGCUGAGCGUUAUGUAGAGGAAGGAGCAGGGUCCUUCAGCAGCACAGAGUAUAUCGGGAUGAGUGAUGUGUUAGUGAGGACAGGGCUGCAGGUGACAGGUGCAGUGACAUGAUGUGAGGAGGGGAAUGGAGGCAGAGGGAAACCACAGACUGAGAGCUAUAUGGAGGAAGAGCAGGGUCCCCAGCAGCACAGAGUAUAUCAUAUGAGUGAUGUGUUUGUGAGGACAGGGCUGCAGGUGACAGGGGCAGUGACAUGAUGUGAGGAGGGGAAUGGAGGCAGCAUGGAGCUACAGACUGAGAGUUAUGUAGAGGAAGAGCAGGGUCCCCAGCAGCACAGAGUAUAUCAGUAGAUGAGUGAUGUGUUAGUGAGGACAGGGGCAGUGACAUGAUGUGAGGAGAGGAAUGGAGGCAGCAUGGCGUUACAGACUGAGAGUUAUAUAGUGGAAGGAGCAGGGUCACCGAGCAGCACAGAGUAUAUCAGGAGAUGAGUGAUUUGUCACUUAGAACAUGACUGCCCGUGACAGGAGCAGUGAGAAGUCAAAGACUGAGAGUUCUAUGGUGGAAGGAGCAGGUUCCCCCAACAGCACAGAAAAUAGAGUAUCGGGAGACUAGUGGUGUGUGGCUGCUGCUGUUACACUGUAGUGUGAAGCCUACACUUCUAGGAAACAUAGUUCAUACAUCUAAAUUGUUUGCGUUCAGAUAACAAUGUACUGUAUGAUAAAGGCUAUGAGAAUUGUUCAGAUAAAAACAAGUAAUACCUUUGAUAUCCCUACCUAAAAUGAAUCACAUAAAAUCCUUAAAGGUUUUUUUGUGUUUUUAAUAAUGCCAUUCACAAAACACACAUUUUUAUUUUCAAUUAGAAAGGAUUUAUUAAUGCAAAAAUAUGUUAGAAACAUUGCUAGCCAUAAUCAUAUAUGUAAUAUCUGUAAUCUGUGUUAUUUGUCCUCUAGGGCAGAUGUUUCUUGCAGAGAAAGUAGAAAGACCAGGUUCCGGAAGUGACGGCGUUCUGUGUACUGAGUGGGUUAUAUUAUAUAAGCGGAAUAAUGGGAGUAACUAUGAUGAGUACCGAUGUUGAUAGAGGUCUGAGUUACAGGUUAAAGCCAUGUUGAGGUCUAGCUAUUCCUCAUCUAUAUUGGAAGCUCCGUGGAAAGAGUUAAUGGAAUAUUUAUUACAACUCAGAAACAGAUUUUCUGUCGGAGAUUUCAUUUUAAAGGGAAAGUUAUGGUCUAAUAAUACCAGAUCGCUGCGUUAUUUCUAUGUUUUAGGAAAACAAAUAAUAUUACAUUAAUAUUACACUCAAGUGCAGCAUCAAAUCAGACACGUCCUUGUAUUACCAGUAUUACCAAACAUUACAUUGUUUCCAGAUGGUAGGUCAACAUGGAUUAGGUUGACAGUCAAUGCGUCGACCACUCUUGGUCGACAUUGGAAAAAGGUCAAAACAUUGAAAUGGUUGACACAUGAAAAGGUCAACAUGGCUUUUAAAAAAAAAAUAUUUUUUACGUUUUCAUACUUUACCAUCCACGUGAAUUACGAUUGGGAAUAGUAACCUGAGCCGAGCGCAGCAGUAGCGGAGCGAGGCGCCUUGCAGGGCGACGCAGUGCAGUAAAUGGGGUUCCUGGUCAUGUUACGCAAAAAACAACACCAAAAAAGUUUAAAUAUGUCAUGUCGACCUUUUCAUGCGUCGACCUGUCCCGUGUUGACCAUUUUAAAGUGUCGACCUUUUUCCUAUGUCCAAUAGUGGUGGCCCUAUUGAUUUUUGAUCUAUAACCCAAAUGAUCCCUACUGUGUUGUGUCAGGUGGUAGAGUUUCCUAGCAGUGGUACAUGUCGGAGCACCCCCCCCCCCACCCCCCCAUCCCUCCAAAAAAAUUAAAAAGCCUAUAAUUCCCACAUUCCAUUUGCUAUUAGGUAUAAAAUACAUUGUUUUUCAUGUUACAGCUGCAGAACCAUUGGUGAUAGUCUUCAGUUUUGGAUAAGAUACCAUUGUUCCAUACAGUACAGCAUAGUAAUAGCGCCACUGCCCCUACUGAGUGUAGACAGCGAGGACAAAACUUAUUAUGAAAUUGCACUUUUCAUGGCUUUAUUUAAUACUUACAAAUAAAGAAAAACUAAAUGCUCAUGGGAAUACGAGUCAGUAUUAUUAAAAAAGGGAAACUAAGAAAUUUGUUAAUAACGUGUAUAUUUUUGUACCAUGCCUUUCGUAAUAUAUGUUAAUAAUGUAGAGGGAGAUAUUGUACUAAAACUAAGGCUGCGGCAAAGUCUCGGUGCCAUAACUACAAGUGCGCGUAACACAAGGAGCCAUGGCGCCUCCAGCCGAAGCUGGACUGGGGGUCCUCUAUGGGAGCAAUGCUUUGCUGUGUCCCCAUUUGUUGGUCAGUUUAAAUAUACAAAUGACUUAAAUUAAAUGUGUAGUGUACUUUUUAUUUGCACCUUUUUAUUAGAAUAUACUGUCUUACUAGAGAAAUUAAACGUCUAUAUACAUAUAUAUGUAUAUAUA